AAAGAGAAAGUAAAAGCUAGCUGCAGUCAGUGGUUGUAAUACGACACUGUUAACGUCGCUGGACAAAAGAACCUCAUAAACUGUGGUUUAAAUCUUAAUAUUCAAGGAAAUAAUUAUCUUCUAUCUGUAAGAAAAUCUGCCAACACUCCACAAGAGUCUUCCAGACAUCAUGUCCCUCCUUUAUAUUUCCAUCUUAUGGGUCUGUGCCUGUGUGGACAGUGCAGAAUCUCUGGUUACUGUAUCAGCUGCAGUGGGUUCCACAGUCAUCCUGCCGUGUAAACUGACUGAAGAGUUCAAACUAACAUCUGUUAUUAAGUGGCAGGACAAUCAUAACAUUGUGUUUGAGAGAAGCAGUGAUGGUACAUAUCAGGGUGAAGGAUAUGAAGGACGUGUGGAUGUUCCUGUGGAUGAGCUGCGUGAAGGAAACUGUUCCCUGGUGUUGAAGAAUGUCAGAUUUACUGAUGACCAACUCUACAAAACCUUUACAGUGGAAUAUGGCAACAUUAACACCGCAGCAAAAGGAAUUAACAAUGUUACACUCUCAGUCUAUGGUCUUCAGAUAUCAGCUCCAGUGGGUUCCACAGUUGUCCUGCCGUGUGAUUGGAGUCAUCUGUCCAUCAAAACUCCUGACGUUGUGUGGUUUAUCGAUUCUGAGACUGUGUUUGAGCGAAAGGGUAAAGAUUCAUAUGAGGGUGAAGGAUAUGAGGGUCGUGUGGACGUUCCUGAGGACGAGCUGCUUAAAGGAAACUGUUCCCUGGUGAUGAAGAACAUCAGAGUUAGUGAUACAGGAAUCUACAGCAGCUCCAUGUUAAUUACAGACACACAGGAACCUGUCUUGGUCCAGAAAGUUAAACUGUCAGUUGUUGCAAAACCCCAAAAAAAGGAAGGUGUAAAACCAGCUCCCUCAGGUGAAGCAGGAAUAAAUUGCCCUCAGCCUCUGAUCCUCAUCAUGUCCUUCCUCAUGUGUUUACUUUUCUCACGCUGAGGAAACAUCAGUGUGAGCACGAGUACAGAAACUCCUGUGAGCCGAGAGAUUCGCCUUAUAAAGUACAGAGUCCAUUUUACAAAGAGAAAAGCAACAAGGAUGAUUUCAAUGUUCUUCAACUGUGAGGAGAACAUUUCAGUUUGAUGCCCAGAAUAAGCUGUGAUGCUGAUGUAACCCACUCAAAUAACUGAGAAUAAGUGUUUGUGAAUGUUUGUUUUUCAUUUUCUAUCAAAUGUAUAGCAUGUUUAGUCAUGUAAAAUACGUAUAUGUGUAUAUAUGUGUGUAUUUUUUUUACGGGUGUGAAAUGGAUUAUUAGACAAGUUUAUUUGAGUGUUGUGGACGUCACUUGAGCGCUGCUUGUUUUUGAUGGGUGCUCAACUUAAUCCAUCCUCGCAAAUCUGUCUAAAUAAAAACCUGAACUGUUUCAUUGAAUUAGGUUUGCAUCAUGUGUUCUGUGAGCUGGAACUGUUUCAUCACAGUGUGAUUGUUAUGGAUUCGGGUCGAUAAAGACGCAAUACUGUGGAAUUCAUACUGAUUAACUGCGCCCUCACAGGACUGUAACUACAGUUUGUUUCUUCAAUGUUAGGAUUACCU